UCAAACCACCAAACUGUCAAAACAAACGCACAAAUAUCAUUCACGCCGACUACAUUUGCAUUUAUUUAUCUUCGCGUACAGUAGAAGAGUCAAAGUCAAAAGCGCUGCAUGCUAACAGCAUCAGAGCUCUGGACAGGCUGUGUGAUGAUGACAGGCUUCAUAAUAUCAAACAGGAUGUUUAUUAUGGUGACAUGUUCCUCUAGAAAACACAAUCAGACAGAAGCACCAUUUAAACUUAUGUAAUAGAUCCACAGAUUUAAAGAAAAAUGACGAACCGUGUGUUUGUAUUGAGCGAUCCUGAAAUUAUGUUACCGAAGAACACGGUGUUUAUUAAAUUUUGCAUUAAUUAAUUCAUUACUAUUUAAGUUGAACAGACAAUUAAUAUCAAUGUGUGUAACCUCCGUAAAUGAUUUAGUACUGCGGAAAAAGUUAUGUUACAAUUGAAAUUGUCAAGACUAACUAGAGCAAUGGAGUUCCCAUGGCACUGUGGGAAGGUCCUGGAGCAGCUGAACCACCAGAGGAAGCAGGGCUUGCUGUGUGACUGUACUUUUGUGGUGGACGGGGUGGACUUUAAAGCUCACAAAGCUGUCCUAGCUGCCUGCAGCCUUUACUUCCGCACUCUCUUUGUGGAACAGAAGGAUGUGGUGCAUCUGGAUAUAAGUAAUGCUGCAGGUUUGGGCCUCGUCUUGGACUUCAUGUAUACAUCCAAAUUGAAUCUAACCGUUAACACUGUAGUUGACGUUAUGACUGUGGCAACCUUCCUAAAGAUGCCUGAGAUCGUAAACGCCUGCUCCGCUUAUCAAACCAUGGCCAACCCUGGUCCCACCAUUGUCACUGUAGACGUACCAGAGGAUAAAGGAUUCAAAGUAGAUCCAAAUGUUCCUAUGGAAAGUGACCUGGCUGCAGUGGCAGCACAGGUGGAAGAAAGCCAGUCACAAAUACCCCCUGCAGAAGAUAACAGUAGUGCUGCAGUUUCUACUCAGGAAGAAGUGCCACCUGAGACACAGCAGACACCGCACACAGACUCCCAGUCAAAACCAGCCUCCCCGGGUAAAACAAGGCCAUCCAAAACUCCCCCAACUGUGACGAAGAAAAACACUGUUAAAAAGAAUGUAGCAGCACAAGGCUUCAAAGAUGACCCAACUGAUGCUGACUACACACCCAAAUCCCUCUUAAAAUCUGAGCGUUCCUCCUAUGUGAGUUCAAGAGGAAGGAGGAUCAGAAAACCGCCUCAGAAGAACUACCCACCUGACAAUGACUCAGAGGAAGAUGUCCAGCCUAAAGAAGCUGAUCUGAAGGACACCGUGACAGAGGAAUCACAAGCCAAGACUGACCAUAACAGUGAAGAGGCUGCGGAGGAGGAGACGGAGGAGACGGAGGAGACAGAGGAGAGUGAGGGGAGCGGGCAGGACGAUGAAGGAGAGAGUGAUGGAGACUCCAGAACAAACCCGUACAGGCCUAAGAGCGGCAGGGCAGAGACCAAACAAUACAGUUCAAUAACUCACAAGUGUGAGGACUGUGGGAAGGUAUUCACUCACACUGGAAACUUCAAGAGACACAUGCGCAUCCACACAGGAGAGAAGCCCUUCAGCUGCAGAAACUGUAACAAGGCCUUUUCAGACCCUGCAGCCUGCAGAGCUCACGAGAAAACACACAGCCCACUGAAACCAUUUUGCUGCUCCACUUGUGGGAGGAGUUACCGGCACAUCAGUUUGCUGAACAUGCACCUUAAACGACACACUGGAGAGGCUCGCUACAGCUGUGACCUGUGUGGGAAACUGUUCACAACCUCCGGGAACCUAAAGAGGCACCAGCUUGUCCACAGCGGAGAGAAGCCUUUCCAGUGUGACUACUGUGACAGGGCCUUCUCCGACCCCACAGCCAAGAUGCGACACCUGGAGACCCACGACACAGAGAAGGACCAUAAGUGUCCUCACUGUGACAAACGCUUCCACCAGCUGGGAAAUCUCAAAGCUCAUCUGAAGAUUCACAUUGCAGAUGGACCUCUGAAAUGCAAAGAAUGUGGCAAACAGUUCACCACUUCAGGGAACUUGAAGAGGCACCUGCGUGUCCACACUGGAGAAAAGCCCUAUGUGUGUAAUCACUGUCAGAGAGCAUUCAGUGACCCAGGAGCCCUGCUGCGGCACGAGCGCACGCACACCGGUGAGAAACCGUGUGUGUGCAAGGUGUGUGGUAAAGCUUUCACUCAGGCCAGCUCCCUCAUCGCUCACUUCAGGCAGCACACUGGAGAAAGGCCCUAUGUGUGUGACCGCUGUGGAAAGAGGUUUACUCAAUCCAGUCAGCUCGCCAACCACAUCAAACACCAUGACAAUGUGCGCCCACACAAAUGCCACUUGUGCACCAAAGCUUUUGUGAAUGUUGGAGACUUGUCCAAGCACAUCAUUGUUCACACAGGUGAGAAACCAUUUCUAUGCGACAAGUGUGGCCGAGGGUUUAACCGCGUGGAUAACCUGCGGUCACAUGUGAAGACUGUGCAUCACGGUAAAGCUGGGAUGAAGAGACUGGUGGUGACAGAAAACAGCUCACAGGAGGCGGAGGCUGGUGGAGGGCUCUCUGUCUCACUGAAUGAGGUCAACAUCGUCACUGUCACCACUGACGACAUCGUUACACUGGCUACAGAGGCUCUGGCAUCUUCAGCUGUAACACAACUCACAGUUGUUCCAGUGGCCACUUCAGGCUCUGCAGAUGAAACGGAGGCUUUGAAAGCAGAAAUUACUAAAGCAGUGGAGAAAGUUCAGGAAUCAGAUCCCAACAUGCAGAUCCUCUACGCCUGUGAUUCGUGUGGGGACAAAUUCUUGGAUGCCAGUUCUUUGGCGCAGCACGUCCGCAUUCACACAGCCCAGGCUUUAGUCAUGUUCCAGGCAGAUUCAGACUGUUACCAGUACACCACAACUACCACCGCUGGGGAGGAUGCCACCCCAACAUGGCAACCUGCAUCAGAGGAGGAUAUCCAGGAGGGGGAGCUGGUGUUCAGGCCCAUGGACCAGGAAGAAGAGGCUCAAACAGACACUGUGGUGGGUCAGGAGGAAGAGGCAGCAGCAUCAGUGCUGGAAACACAAACUGAAGUCAAGACAGAGGAUCUGAAGAAGAGUGGGGAGGGCAACAAUCAAACUGAGGACAUGAACUUACAGAGUUAGACAACUAAAUUAUAAAGAAGCAUUUGUGAUAUUUGGACAGAUGACGGCUGGAAACUAUAAAUAUAAAUCAUGGGGAAAGCUUUUGUAAAACAAAUUUGACCUGCAUGUUGUGCAUUUUAUUUUUGUUUAACUUUUUAUUUUACCUAAUUAAUUAUAAGAACUGUCAAGUCCCAUAAUGAGGAAAUUCCAGAAGCUGCUUCAUUUAAAAAACAAAAGUAGUCCUGAUAUUAAGUUGUGUUUACAUUAAUUUUAUUUUCCUGAGCAUCUGUACAUUUAUGUUUAACUUCAGUGAGUGGCUUUCCUACUGCUUCUGAGUGUCACACAGUGGCAUACAAGAAUUCUGUCUCUAUUUAGAUGUCUACUAUGUGUAUAAGACAAUAAGCUGUAUUUUAUUAAAAUAAUAAUUAACUACA